AUGAUAGUUAUAUAUCACAAUUACAAAAUAAAAAAGUUAAAUAUUGAAGAGUAUAUUUCCACAUACAAUAGAAAAAGAUUGUUAAAACGAUAUUUCAAACAAUUUAUUUUGUGUGUGAAUGAAUCCAUCGCAAAAAAAAUUGCAAAUGAAAAUGCUGAAAGAUUUUAUAAUUUUAAAAUCGUACAAAAAGUAUUUUUUGCGUGGCAAAGAUGGUAUAAUAAAAAAAUAGAAAAUGCAACAAAAAUUCGUGAAAUAGAAAACAUAUUUAACAAUACAAAAAAAAAUGGAAUAUUUAAUAAUUGGCGUUUAUAUGUAAUUCAAAAUAAAUGCAAAAGAAGAAAGACAUUUGCAGCAAACAAUUUCUAUGAAAAAAAACUAAUAAUUAAAACUUUAAAAAAAUUUCAUAAUUAUGUUAUUUAUAGAAAAGAGAAAAAAAUUAGAUUAUCUUAUUUAAAUGAUAAAAGCGAAGAAAUUAUUCGACAAUUGCAAAUUAUUUAUAUAGAAAAAUGGAGAAAUGCACUUUAUAGUACUAUGCAAGAAAAACAAAAAUUAAAUCAAGCAAUUAAACAUUGGAAAUUAAAUUUAAUUUGUAAAUAUUUUUAUAAAUGGAAAGAAUUUUCCUUGCAAUACAAAACAAAAAUGACUCAUAAACAAAAAUUGAACGAAAUCGCAACUGGUUUUUUAUUAAAAAAAUUUAUUUUACAUUGGCAUUCCAAAUUACAAGAUAUUUUAAAUAUACGUAAAAAAGAAAUUCUUGUGAUCUCCACGAUGGAAUAUAAAAUUUUGAAAAAAUAUUUUUUAAUUUGGAGAGAAUAUAUUGUUCAAAAGAUAAAAAUGAAUAAUGAAAUAGAAGCAGCAUUAAAAUUGUAUGAAAAGUUUGUAUUACGAGAAGGACUUAAAAAAUUAUUGAGAAUUUCGCUUUGUAAUAUUAAUUAUCAACGUGAUUUGCAAUUGAAAAAUGCAAUGAUAAGAUCAUUUGAAAAUUUUGAAAUUUUAAAAGAAUAUUUUGAUAAAUGGUACUCUGUAAUUUAUUUAAAAAAAAAAUUAGAACCCGUUUAUACAAUUACAAAUAGUAAUGAAUCCCAAUUUAUACAUACUCAAAUUUUACGUAACGAUACAUUUAAUAAUUUUAAAACUCGUUUAGUUAUACCGGAAUAUAUGAUGAAAGAAGAAAAAUGUUGA